AUGAGUUUCGGAGCCCCCGGCGGUGGGUCGGUGAACUAUAAGCCAUCACCACCCGAGCGCGGUAGCUUUCCUCUUGAUCACGAAGGGGAAUGCAAGCACAUCAUCUCAGGAUACCUGAAGUGUAUCAAGUUGAACAGAGGCACCAACGACGAGGCAUGUCGCAAAUUGGCCAAGGAAUACCUUAGCUGCCGAAUGGACAAGAACCUCAUGGCGCCGGAUAACUUCGAGAACCUCGGGUUGGUGUUUAAAGAUGGCGCGGGGAAAGCACAGACUCCAGUUACACCAGCUACAGGUGCAACAAACCCAGAACAGAAGAGCUGA